CGCAUCCGAUUGCAUUUCGCAGUGCGGAUAGGGCAGCGUCGGCUGCGGCGGCCCUCGAUCGGCAGCAGCCAUGGACGCCAGCGCCAGCGCCUCCUCCGACUCGGCGCCUACUUUGGCGCCGACUUUGGCGCCAACUCUGUGCAACAUAAUCGAGCAGCGGUCGCUCAAGUGGAUCUUCGUGGGCGGCAAGGGAGGCGUGGGUAAAACGACGUGCAGCUGUAGUCUGGCUGUACAGCUCAGUAAGCAGAGGGACAGUGUCCUGAUCAUCUCCACCGAUCCGGCCCACAACAUUUCGGACGCCUUCGACCAGAAGUUCUCCAAAGUACCCACCAGGGUGCGGGGAUACAGCAACUUGUACGCCAUGGAGAUCGACCCGAACCUGGGUGUCGCCGACCUCCCCGAGGAGCUCCUGGAAGAUGACUCCGUCCUGUGCCUGGGCAAGAGGAUGGUUCAGGAAGCGCUGAGCGCUUUCCCUGGCAUCGACGAGGCUAUGAGCUACGCUGAGGUCAUGAGGCUAGUGAAGGGGAUGAACUUCUCGGUGGUGGUGUUUGACACCGCACCCACAGGCCACACCCUCCGCCUGCUCAACUUCCCAGCGGUGGUGGAGCGUGGCCUGGGCAGGCUCAUGAAGAUCAAGAGCCAGAUCAGUCCGUUCAUAUCACAGAUGUGCACCAUGCUGGGUCUAGGCGACAUGAACGCUGAUCAGCUGGCAUCAAAACUGGAGGAGUCGCUACCGGUCAUCCGCUCAGUGAGCGAGCAGUUCAAAGAUCCUGAGCAGACGACGUUUGUCUGCGUCUGCAUUGCCGAGUUCCUGUCCCUGUACGAGACGGAGCGGCUGGUUCAGGAGCUGUCCAAGUGCCAGAUAGACACUCACAACAUCGUCGUCAACCAGCUGGUCACCCCGUGCCUGGCACAGCCGUGCAGGCUCUGCCAGGCGCGACACCGCAUACAGAGCAAGUACCUGGACCAGAUGGAGGAUCUGUACGAGGACUUCCACAUCGUUAAGCUGCCGCUGCUGCCACACGAAGUUCGUGGAGUGGAGAGAGUGGAGGCUUUCUCUUCCUUCCUGCUGGAUCCCUACACAGACUGAUAUCACCAUAACUACUACCACUACCACCACUACCAUCACUACCACCAUCACUAUGUAGAGAGUGGAGGCUUUCUCUUCCUUCUUGUUGGAUCCCUACACAGACUGAUACUACCACUACCAUCAUCAUCACUACCACCACUACCAUCACUAUCACUACCAUCACUACCAUCACCACCAUCACUACUACCAUCACUACUACCACCACUACCAUCACUACCACUAUCAUCACUACCACUAUCAUCAUCACUACCACCACUACCAUCACCACUACCACCACUACCAUCACCACUAUCACUACCACCAUCAUCACUACCACCACUACCACCACCACUAUGUAGAGAGUGGAGGCUUUCUCUUCCUUCCUGUUGGAUCCCUA